AUGUCGAACAUCCUUCACAAAGUCAAGGAUGCCGUGACCGGUCAUCAUCAUGAUGCGUCUAAAACAUCCAGCAGCAAGGUUGUUGAUGAUGCCCGGGAUACUUACGGAUCCUCGCACAACACCACGGAAAACGCUCCCAGCAAACACACUUCUACCGGCCAAGGCUCCAACACUUAUGGCUCUGGCUCUGGUCCAGGCUAUGAGGCCUCGUCCACUACCGGUGCUGGAGGCUACGGCACUGGUGCUAGUACUGGUGGCCACAGCGCCGGCACCGCCCAAGACCCACGCAGGGGUCCAAUUGACGUCGGCUCAGGAGCGUCCGGGAACUACGGCAGCAAAUCUGAUAGCUACGGAUCUAACACUGCUGGCGGCUAUGGCUCAUCCAACACUGGCUCCAGCACCAAUGCUGGCCCCCAUGACUCCAACCUAGCCAACAAGGUUGAUCCCCGCGUCGAUAGCGACCUCGACAACCGAGGAAAGCACGCUGGAACUACCGGCUCUAGCAACACAUACGGCAGCAACGCUGGCCGCCCUUCCAGAGAGACCGGUUAUGGCUCCAGGGACACCUACGGCGGCACCGCUGGCCGCUCCACCGGUGGAUAUGGCUCUAGCGAUACCUACCGCGGCACUACCAGUCACUCUUCUGGACAGACCGGCUAUGGCUCCAACGAUCCUCUUUCUAGCAGCGACAAAUACGGCAGCAACACUGGCCGCUCCACCGGUGGAUAUGGCUCUAGCGAUACCUACCGCGGCACUACCAGUCACUCUUCUGGACAGACCGGCUAUGGCUCCAACGACCCUCUUUCUAGCAGCGACAAAUACGGCAGCAACAUUGGCCGCUCCACCGGUGGAUAUGGCUCGAGCGAUACCUACCGCGGCACUACCGCUCACUCUUCUGGACAGACCGGCUAUGGUUCCAGCAACCCACUGACUAGCGACACGUCCGGUCACUCUUCUGGACAGACUAGAUAUGGCUCCAAUAACCCUUUGGUUAGCAACGACAACUACGGCGACACGACUGGCCACUCUUCUGGACAGUCUGGCUAUGGAUCGAGUAAGCCACUGUCCGGUAGUGACAACUAUGGUAGCUCCACCGGUCACUCCGGUUAUGGCUCUAGCAACCCUGUGUCAGGAAGCGACAACUACGGCAGCAGUAACACUGGCCGCUCCACUGGACAGUCGGGCUAUGGCGCCAAUGACUCCUACAGAGCCGGUGCUGGUAGCAGCUACAACAACCAGACCUCAAACACUGGGAAGACCAGUGGUCCUCACGGUUCCGACGUAUUGAACAAGCUUGAUCCCAGAGUUAACGAAAAGGAUGCUCUUGGCAGCCAGCGCAACUACUAG